AGGAAGGUGUCGGCCCUCUCUGUAGGUGUUACUUAAUCGCUGAGACUGAAGUUUCUCCCGGUGGAUUGAAUCGGUGCUGGCUGCUCUUUAGAUCUGGCCCGGCAAAAAUCACGUGGAAAACAUAACAUUGUAAAAAGAAACCCAAACGAAAAUAAGCCGUUUAUUGCCCAGUAAUACGAUAAACCCACGGCGGCAGCGAAGCGGCUUCUGGGCUGUCACACGAGCCCUACGUUGCCUGUGACCUGCCCUGCCAUUAACUCUCCUUUCCUCACAGCGUCCUAGCCCCUCCAACGCUUAUUAUGCUUUUGUGCCACUCUUUUCUUUUUUUUUUUCCCACCUCACUUAGUUUUCUGCUGAUGUCCCGUAAGCAGUGCUGUGGCACAGGCUGUGGGCAGUCACGUCAGGGAAGGGCGAGCUUGGCGAGUUCCACGGGCGUGCUCUGAGACCCAGUUAAACGUGUUGUAACUAACCUGCCUUAAACUGGUAAUGCUGCUUUUAAAAGGAUCGUGGAAUCAUUGUAUCAUUUUGAUUGGAAAAGACCUGCCAGCAGCUGGUGUUGCUGCUUUUUGAGCCAAAGCUCCACGUGGGUACUGAACUGUGCCUGCUUUACCUGGACAAGUAUUUUGAAGGAUGAUCCUGUUUCUUGACAAAUUUCUGCUGUAAUGUGACCAAUAACCAGCUCAAUUCAGGGCUUUUUUUGGUAUGUUUCAGAGGUGUCCCCAAAGCAUGGCGGUCAAAUGGACUGGUGGGCAUUCCUCCUCUGUCCUGUGCCUGACUGUGAGCGCGGAGGGGCUGGUGGUGUCCAGCGCGGAGCGUGGGGAGCUGGCGCUGUGGGAUGGGGGAGGCUCUCUGGUGGGACAGCUCCGGCUCCCGGGGGACGACGAUGUGACGUCCGUGGUGUUCUCUGCCCGCCGCCCCAGCACCCUGUACACCUCCCACGGAGAAACCAUCAGUGUGCUGGAUGUCCGGGCCCUCCAGGAGCCCCUGGAGCGCUUCCACGUGAAUGAGGAGGAGAUCAACUGCCUCUCCGUGAACGACACCGACAGCCUCCUGGCCGCGGCAGAUGACUCGGGGGCCAUAAAGGUUGUGGACUUGGAAAGCAAGAAAGUCACACGGUCCCUGAGACACUCCAACAUCUGCUCCUCUGUUGCCUUCCGACCUCAGCGGCCUCAAAGCCUGGUUUCCUGUGGACUGGACAUGCAGGUCAUGCUGUGGAACCUGCAGAAAGCUCGCCCCUUGUGGACCACAAACCUGCAGGAGUGUGGCACGGAGGAGGACAGCCCACAGUCAGCCGGGCAGUUCUUCAACCCGCCGCUUGCACAUUCCCUGUCCGUCGCCUCCUGCGGAAACGUCUUUGGCUGUGGAGCUCAGGACGGUAAAGUCAGAAUAUUCCGAGUCACUGGUGUCAAGUUUGAACGUGAGCUGGAGUUCCAGGGUCACAGCUUGGGAGUCUCCCAGGUCCUCUUUAUGCCACAGGCAUACUGGUUGUUGUCUGGAGGUAACGAUGGGAAAGUCCUGCUCUGGGAUAUUGGCAGCGAGCUUGGGAAGCAGCAGAAAAGUCCAGCAAAAUCUCUGCAGAGGAGGAAGGCCCAAGCACCUGCUUCCAGCAAGAAAAAUGGGAAGCUCAACAAAGUGUCCUCAAGUGAACAGGCUGGAGUUGUGCCAAAGCUCACCAUCGAGCAUGGAGAGAAGGUGAACUGGCUCUCGUGUGCAGAGAUCAAAGGCUGCAGGAGGGUGUUGGUCGCUGACCAGAGCAGCUCUGUGUCGGUGUAUCCCUUGCCAGAACUGUAAACACCCAGAUGUUUACAGAAAACUGGGGGGCAGAACCACUUCUCAGAGCCAGUUGCACCCACUGACAGUGACCUGGCCAGUGAACCCCCGUGUUCCUUGGGAGGGAUUUGCUGUGCCCUGGUGGUGUCCCUGGUGUCGAGCUGGUUCUCAGUGGCUCUUGUGUUCACAGCUGCCAUCUCCUGCAGGGUUGGCUGUUUGCUGCUUGAAUUAAGUGAAACGGGUCUCUACAUUUAGGGGUAACAUUGGUUCAUGACUAAGCUGAUGUAAUUAAGGCUGGAGGAGGAAAUCAGCACUGAGGGGACACCCCAGUGCUGAGUGAGGGUGCUGAGCAGGGACAGGGCUGUCACUGGCUGCACUCUGUGGGCUUUGCACUGUUGCAGUGCUCUGUGUGACUCUCCCCGUGAAGCUGUGGCCCAGUUGGCUUAAACCAGCUGUAGUGGAAUCUAUUUUCCAUCACUCUGUCAGCAGCUGCAUGUAAGACUAGAGAAGCAUCAAUUAACGAUUAAUCAAAUGAGUUUCCCUGUCGUUGACGAUUGGUUUUGCUCACACUGCAGUACAGGAGGGAGCAGGGGAACUGUUAACACCUGUUUGAUGGCUCAGCUGUCAGCUGUUUAUCCCAGGGAAAAAGAACUAUAACACUUAAAUAAAUGCUUUCUCUCUCA